AUGCCUGCUACAGCGAAAAAUCCGACUAUCCUUCAACCAAAAGGUCUGAUCGACGAUAAAGGCAACUAUGCCUUGAGUCAGGGAGAUAUCUCGAACCUUCUCAAGUAUAUCUGGACUGGUGCCCUGCUUUCCACGUCGAAAGAAGAGUAUCUUCUCCACACAGGUAUCAAUGCAGACGAGUAUGACCAUCUCAGAGAAUAUAUCGACCCCCUUUUAGUGGUUUACACUGCUUGCAAAGGGCAUUGCGUGACCUUCAAGGAUGUCACAUACCGAAAGGUUGUAGAUUUGUCCAAUGCUGUGUAUAGCUAUGCCGGGAAAGCAGGCGGCAGAUUUGCGGGUUCAUACUAUGCGAACAUCAUUUCCAAUACAAUAAUCGUUUUUAAUGAGUUGGAAAAAGAUUACGAUGACCAAGACCAAACACUCAUCAAAAACUCAAAGAGUAUAGUCGAUUCUUUGGUUAAGGCGCAACUUAAAUCCAUUACCAAGCUACAAGACGACGCCAACAAGGUGGUGCAAGAUCUUCGAGACUUUGAGACCCUGGCAAAAGCCGAUCAGCUGGCUCUUACAGCUAGAAAUAAGAUAAUCACUGACAAAUUGACCGGCGAAGGUGGGGAUAUACAGAGGCUUCAGGAUGACAUUAAGACCAAGACCAAGGAUAUCUCCGAUGAUCAGGACGAAUACGAGCAAGAUAUCGUUAUUGCUGCAACUUCAGCCACAUACGCUUGGGCGAUUCCAGUUGGGCCUAUCAUAGCAGCUGUCAUUAUCGGCGUUUAUACCGAUAGGGCCAUCAAAAUGAAAGCAAAAAUAGAUGCUCUCAGGGACCUUCUUACGGACGACCAGGAUCAAUUAAAGGCAGACAGGCAGCUAGUGGCAGAUUUGACCUUAAUACAGACCGACUUGCAAAACGUAAUAAAUCAGAUUGGCCCGGCUAUCACCACCAUUCAGAAAAUGAUAGGAACUUGGGGCGCCAUCGCUACCGAUCUCGAAGAUAUCAAUACAGCCGUGAAGGAAGACUCCCCGGAGGUCAUGCCAGAUUUACAAACCAUCACACAGGAGUCCAUCCUCUCUCAGUGGAAUGAUCUAAAGGCGACAGUGGACGUAUACCGUAAAUCCGCUUAUAUUAGUAGCGCCCCCGAGCAAAUGACACUCGAAGAGUACUCCAGCAUGCUUCAAGCUGCAAUUGACAAUUGA